ACGACUGACGGGGCGGCGGGGACAAUACUCCACCGCACGGAUGGGCCGCAGUUGUUGUGCCACGGCCUCCACCUGCGGCUCUUCUUGGUGCCGAAGCGACCACCGCGGAUAUUCGGUCGGGCACCAGCAUGCCCACUGGCGACUUCUACGAGCAAUGCCUCACCCCUUUCCCCGCCGCUGGCACCACGCUUCGGUGCGUCGCGGGCCAGUGAGCGAAGUGCAUCGCAGAUGUGGUUGACAUCCAUCGCGCCUACGGCACGCGGGAAGAAUGUAGUCGCCGCAUCAAGCGAACACCAGCAGCGAUUAAGGAGAGCCACACGUCGUCUCACCCCUACACGCGUCGCAAAGUCGAAAUGA